AUGGAGAAGAACUUUGAGGCCAUGGAGUGUCCGGAGGAGUAUCAGAAGAAGAUCGCGGUGUACUAUUUGGAAGGCGACGCAACAGGAUGGUGGGACAGUAUAGACAGGCAGCGUGGACACACCAUCACAUCAUGGGAAUCGUUCAAGGGAGAGUUUGAGAGGAAGUAUUGUCCUCCAGAAGCAAAGCAUCGGUUGGAGCGCCAAUUCAUGAACCUUGUUCAAGGAGAUAGGCCAGUGAGGAGUUACGAAUCUGAGUUCACAAGGUUGAGGCGACAUGUUUUUGAUGGGCGUGAAGAUGAAGCAACUAUGAUCCGUAACUUUAUGUACGGAUUGAAGCCGGAGCUUGGAAGUCGUUUAGCUGGAAGCAACUUUAGCAGCUUAUCAGAUCUGGUGGAAAAAGCUGUUAAUGUUGAGACUGUAUUGGAGGCUGAAAGGAAGACCAUACCGCAUUCUGGUGGACAUACCAAGUUUAGCCAAGGAGAAAGACCGAAUUUAAACAAGGGUCCAAGAUCUCACAAAGGCAAAGGGCGAGGAUUUGGAGGCCAGGCCAACAAUCGUGGUAACACUGGAGUAUGUUACCCAUGUGAUCAGCCGGGACAUAUUUCGAGGUUUUGUCCCAAAAAUCAGCGGAAUAACCAACGGAGUAACCAGCAGGGUUAUUUAUCGCUGAAGAUGGAAGAUGUUACUUGUUUCUUCUAUGGAAGGAAGGGCCAUUAUGCAUCGUCAUGUCCAAACAAGCCAAUCCCUGCGACCCCUCUCGCGAUCCGAGCUCCUCCUAGCCGUCCAGCUAUUGAGCCAGCACCAAAUAAUCAAAACCUAGGAGGUAGAGUUUAUGCCUUAGGGGUAGAAAACCAAGACAAUGCAGGACCGUCAAGCGGUCCCAUCACAGGAACCAUACAUGUUGCUGGUAAACCCACACAUGUAUUGUUCGACUCGGGGACAACACAUUGUUUUGUGACCCCUAAAGUAGCUGCCCAGUUUUGGGAUUGUUUUGUGGUUGACAGGAUAAACGUGGUCGUCUUGACCCCCGCAGACCGAACCCUUCAAGCAGAUCAGUGUAUCAAGAAUGUUCCAUUGGUCAUUCAAGAGAAAGAUUUUGUGGCAGAUUUGUCAGUCGUGCCUUGGGAAGGGUACAAAGUAAUCCUUGGAAUGGAUUGGUUAUCGAGCUACAGAGUUCAGAUCGACUGUGGAAAGGGAAGGCUGUUGUUUGGCAGAGGUAAACGACCAGAGAUGGUAUACUAUGGAAUCAGUCCUAGUAUGACCGUGUCUUUGGUAGCAGCAAUGAGAGUACAAGAUUUGUUUCAAGAUGGGGAAGUAUAUUUGGUGACCUUAUCGGUUAGUGGAGGAGCCACUAAUGAUGAAGUUAAGGUCGAAGACAUAGAAGUGGUCCAAGAGUUCGAGGAUAUCUUUGCACCACUAAAGGAAUUACCUCCACCUCGGAGUAAUCCCUUUACGAUCAAUUUGGAGCCUGAAGCAAAACCUAUAGCUAAGGCACCAUAUCGGAUGGCACCUGCGGAGUUGGCUGAACUAAAGAAGCAGUUGGAAGAUCUAUUGGAAAAGGGAUUCAUCCAAUCGAGCUCUUCACCUUGGGGAGCUCAUGUGCUAUUUGUGAAGAAGAAGGACGGAAGCAUGAGGUUGUGUAUCGAUUAUCGUGGUAUCAACAACAUCACGAUAAAAGAUAAGUAUCCUCUUCCGAUGAUAGACGAGUUGUUAGACCAACUAAAGGGAGCAAGUUGGUUUUAA